AUGGAGAUAUCAGUUGCAUCGUUGACAGUUUCAAUAGCUAUAGCUGCGGUGUCGUGGUGGGUAUGGAGAACGUUGAACUGGGUUUGGUUCAAACCAAAGAUGCUUGAGAGUUACCUGAGAAGACAAGGUCUUGCCGGACCUCCUUACACGCCUCUCGUCGGCGACUUGAAGAAGAUUUUCAACAUGUUGACGGAGGCAAGAUCCAAACCCAUCAAACUAACGGAUGAUAUCCAACCACGUGUCGUGCCUUAUCCCUUGCAGAUGCUCAAGACUCAUGGAAGGACCUUCUUUACGUGGUUAGGACCUAUACCAGCCAUCACUAUAAUGGAUCCUGAGCAAAUCAAGGAAGUGUUCAACAAAAUUUCUGAUUUCCCAAAGACACAUACAUUCCCUCUGAUCAGAUACAUAGCCACUGGACUCGUUAGUUAUGAUGGAGACAAAUGGGCGAAACACCGAAGAAUCAUAAACCCUGCUUUCCAUUUAGAGAAGAUCAAGAUUAUGGUACCUGCUUUCCACCAAAGCUGCAGCGAGGUUGUUGGCGAGUGGGACAAGUUAGUCUCGGCUAAAGGGUCGUCUUGUGAGGUGGACGUUUGGCCUUGGCUGAUGAGUAUGACGGCAGAUGUGAUCUCUCGUACUGCCUUUGGAAGCAGUUACAAAGAAGGGCAAAAGAUAUUUGAGCUCCAAACAGAGCUAACAGAGCUCAUCACUCAAUCGUUUCGGAAAUCUUUCAUCCCUGGAUAUCGUUAUCUCCCGACGAAGGAUAAUAGAAGGAUGAAAGCAGCAGCCAGCGAAGUCCAAGUUAUCCUGCGAGGGAUCAUUAACAAAAGGUUAAGGGCGAGAGAAGCUGGGGAAGCACCGAGCGAUGAUUUGCUUGGUAUACUUCUUGAAUCGAAUAUGGUGCAAGCUAAAGGGAAUGGAAUGAGCAUUAAGGAUGUGAUGGAAGAGUGCAAGUUGUUCUAUUUCGCAGGGCAAGAGACAACUUCAGUACUUCUGGUCUGGACAAUGGUUCUGUUAAGCCAACACCAAGACUGGCAAGCUCGGGCACGAGAAGAAGUGAAGCAUGUUUUUGGCGACAGAGAACCUGAUACAGAAGCCGGUCUAAACCAGCUCAAAGUUAUGACGAUGAUAUUGUAUGAGGUCCUCAGGCUAUAUCCUCCAGUAACGCAGCUGAGUCGAGCCAUUAACAAAGAGAUGAAGCUUGGCGACCUGACGCUACCAGCUGGCGUUCAUGUCAAUCUACCUAUUAUGUUAGUCCAACGCGACACGGAGCUAUGGGGCGACGAUGCAGCAGAGUUCAAGCCGGAGAGGUUCAAAGACGGUCUCUCAAAGGCAACAAAGAGCCAAGUCUCCUUCUUUCCCUUUGCGUGGGGACCAAGGAUCUGCAUUGGCCAGAACUUUGCUAUGUUGGAGGCUAAGAUGGCAAUGGCUUUGAUUCUACAGAGGUUCUCCUUUGAGCUCUCUCCUUCUUAUGUUCAUGCGCCUUAUACAGUCAUCACCCUUCACCCACAGUUCGGUGCUCAUCUUAUCCUGCACAAGCUAUAA